AAUGGAUUAUAGUGACGAUGACAGUGGCGAUAAUGAUCCGUCUAAUAGAUUGUCGAGUUCCGUUCCUUCUAAGAGUGACAAAGUGUCUGGAAAAGAAUGGCUUAUGAUGGAGGAUCUUGCAGAAGGAGUAAAAUAUGACCGAACUCCUCUGAAGCACGAUGGAUAUUUGAUGAAAAGAAGAAAAUGGCCAAUGAAAGGGUGGCAUAAGAGAUAUUUUGUUCUGGAAAAUGGGAUACUUAUAUACGCCCGAACUCCUAAUGAUAUCGACAAGCAUAAAUUACACGGAGAGGCGGAUGUAGGUUUCUCAUGCAUCACGUAUAAACCUUCCAGCCGUAGAAUACAUAUUGACAACGGGAGUUUUAUAUUUCAUCUUAAGGAAAAGAAUCCAAAAUCUUUUGACUACUGGAUAAAGGCCUUAUUGGAACAUAGGCUUUUUAGGCAAAAUAUCCUUCAAAAAGAUGUGUCUAGGGAGCUUACACCAAUUACAUCUCCUCUUGCUUCAACAAGAAGUAGCUUAAAAAGAAAAGUUAGUAUGGUCGACAAAAGCCAAGUGGGAUACGCCUGGCUUGCUGAAGAUAGCGGAAUGGAGAUGUGUAAUGGAGAUCUAAAGAAUGCUAACAAUCAAAUCCACGAAUUAGGGCAAAUUUUGGAGCGACUUCAUCAGUCCAGCGAAACAGAAAAUUUCCUCGAGGAGAAUGGAAGUCUACACACCUCAUCAACUGGUUCUGCAUCGCUUUUAAGUAGUUCUAAUCCCAACCUAUCAGAGUUAGCUGCAAAUGGAAAGAAAAAUAGGCCUAUGUCAUUUCCGCAAACUCCAUCUCCUGCAGCUUUCGGUGAUCGAAAUAUUGAAGAGCUAAAAUUUAAAGAGGAUUUCCUAACUAUUGCCAAAGCUGUUCACGAUUCGCUCAAUUCUUUGUUCAAGAGGCUUGGUCAAGAAAAGGAAAAAUUAAAGGUUGCUCUAGAGAACGAUGAGAAUCUUACAAUGGAAUCAAACAAUCAAAUGAUAACAUCCCUGAAACAAGCUCUCAAUGAAAGUACUGCUUUAAAUGAAGAGCUAACUUUAAAAUUAUCAAGAAUACAAGCUGAAGCUAGUAUCGAUGCUGAUAAAUUCAAACCAAGAGUAUCUACCCUUGACAGACAAACAAAAAUUUUGACUGGUUCAAUGUCAUUGGAUUCAACAUCAUUGGCAGAGUUCUACGAUGCUCAAGAAUCUCUGAGAGAAUCAUCAGCAGAAUCAUCAGAUGAUACAGAAGAAGAAGGAACAGAGUCUGAUGAUGAAGAUGCCGCAACUAGAAUGGGCUUGGAUGUUGAUGAUGACUUACCUAAUCAUGGCACGGGAAGAAGAACUAAGUUACCUGUUAGGCAGACAUUUACUGGGGCUAAUAUAUGGGGCAUCUUAAGAAAUAAUAUGGGCAGAGAUCUGUCUAAGAUUUCUAUGCCAAUUACUUUAAACGAACCACUUGGAGCUCUACAAAGACUUUGUGAGGAACUUGAAUAUUCUGAUUUAUUGGAUAAAGCUGCUUCUACCGAAGAUCCAAUUGAGAGAAUGGUCUUAGUAGCUGCAUUUAGUAUAAGUUGUUAUGCUUAUACAUUUCAUAGACCAAAACAAAAGCCAUUUAAUCCAUUAUUAGGAGAGACUUAUGAAUGUGUUAGAGAGGACAUGGGCUGGAAAUUUAUUUCUGAACAGGUCAGCCACCAUCCACCUAUAUCAGCAGCUCAUUGCACCUCAAAGAAUUUUAUUUAUUGGCUAGAUGUUUGCGUUAAAAUGAAACUUUAUGGCCGCUCUUGCGAGGUAGAACCUACUGGCUUGAUAAAUCUAAUUAUACCAAAAUUUAAGGACCAUUAUAAAUGGAAUAAAGUUAAAACUUGUAUUCAUAAUAUCUUAAUGGGUGAAUGUUGGAUUGAACACGAAGGAGUUAUUCACAUUUCUUCAACAACUGGCGUUCAUGCUAAAAUUAAAUUCUUUAAAAAAGGUGGUCUCUGGCAAGACAAAAGGCACCAAGUUGUAGGCUCAAUUCAUAAUGAAAACGGUGAAGUUGUUCAAGAAAUAUUUGGAAAAUGGAAUGAAGGAAUUUAUUGUGGAAAAGCACCUUCUGCUCGUUGUAUAUGGCGUCCUGGAACUUUACCUGAGGAUUCGACUCAUUAUUUCAAUUUUUCAAGAUUUGCCAUUGAACUGAAUGAAAUUGAAAAAGUGCACGAUUCAAAUUAUGCGCCGACGGACACAAGAUUUAGACCAGACCAAAGAGCUCUGGAAGAAGGAAGAAUAUCAGAUGCUGAAAGUGAGAAAAUUAGAUUAGAACAAUUGCAACGAGAACGCAGGAAGCAAAGGGAAAUGGAUAAUAUCACGUAUAAACCGAAAUGGUUCCAAAAAAGUGAAGGGCAGGAUAGCUAUUCAUUUAAUGGAAAAUAUUGGGAGACGAGGAAGGAGUCAAACUUUGAAAAAGUACAAUUAUGGUAG